UCACGAGAGGUCCGUGAAGAUGAAUGACUCAAUAUAAGUUUAAUUCAACCCAAAUCAGAUGAGACCAUCACUAGAUACUUCUGAAAAAAAAACAAAGCGAGUUUUCUGAGAUGAAAAGGUCGAGUUCAUUUGAACAUUGUUUUCGAAUCUGACCUUCUUGUUUCAAAGUCGUCCCCGCCUAGUGUCGUCUGAGUUCGAAUUCUUCGUUCCAUCUGCAACACUGCUCUUCCGUUUUUUCUCUUUCUUCUUUUGUAAAGCACGCAUGAUUGGGCCCGAUAUUCCUAAAGAACUGUUAGAGAAGAAACGUCAGAACGAAGCAGAAAUAGAAGUUUCACUCUCUGACGAAGAACUCGAUGUCCCUGCUGGUCCACUCAUCCCCGCUCAUCUCUUAAAGCAACGUCAAGCCAAUGCGAUGGCUGAUCAAGACGUGAUGGGUCCUUCCACGCCACUUCCAAAGACAGCAGGACCCGAAAUCCCUGCCCAUCUGCUUGAGGAAAAAAGAAAUAAUGUAGACGAGAUCGCAAUUUCUGACGGAGAUGACAACAUGGCUGGACCUGCUAUUCCACCUCAUAUUCUGGAAAAGAGGAAGCAGCAAAAAGAAGAAGAAAAGGAGGAAGUUGAUCCAGACGAAUUUGCACCAGCGCUUCCUCCUGACUUGUUAGCACAGCGCCAACAGCAACAAGUAACAGAACCCCAAGCAGGCAAAAGAAGACGUAGACCUGUUGGGCCCAGUUUCCCUACUGGUCCUUUACCUUCAGAGCAAGACAACAAUGAUAUCGUAGGCCCUAGUUUGCCAACAAAUUAUGAUCCUGAACAAGAAUCUAAAUAUUCUGCUAUUCAAGCUAUUGAAGAGCGCGCUCGUCAAGCAAGAGAGGCUAUGGAAAAUAAAGAAACAAAAUCCGAUAAAGUAGAGAGACCAGAAUGGAUGAUUAUGCCACCUGAAAUUGAUUAUUUAAAAGCAGCUCAAUCAGGCAAAUCAAGACAAUUUAGUAACAGAACCAUGACAGAUACAGAAAGAGACAACACCGGCUGGGUUGAGACACCUGCUGAAAGAGAACGCCGCUUGCAAGAAGAACAAAAAUCAGGCGGAAAAAGAAAAGCUGUUGAACAAGACCCUGCUGUCAUAAGAGCAGAGAUAGAAAUGAGACGCAAUGUGCAAGAGUACAAUAUGCAAACAAGACCUAUGACGCUAUUAGAAAUGCAUAAACAGAAUAGAAAGAAGGCUAAAAAUCUAUCAGCUGUAGAAGAUGUUACAAAGCGUGCAUUUGACCGAGAAAAGGAUCUAUUGGGUGGAAAGAGACUUGACAAGAAGCAGAAGAAUCAACUGUUCCAAAGCUCUUCUGAUUUAGGAUCCAAGUUUGGAUAUGGCAAAAGCUCAUUUUUGUAAUAAACUUAUUGUGACUGGCUACAAGAUGUGUGUGGGAAUUGUACAGUGUAGUUCAUUGAUAUUGAUAGUUCUCUACAAUGUCUACCGUGGGAAAGAAACUGACCUGUGUCUGUUCUAUGUAUUUUCAGGACCUAAAAAAACUAUAAAAAUGCUCACACAUAAACAAGCUCGCCUUUCUUCUUCUUUGUUUUCUUU